UCUGGUGCGUCGGGGACGAGCGGAAGCAGCAUUUGUUGUAGCUCCUUCUUGUUUUUCUGUUUCCGACACGUUCAGGGUCUAAACGGGUUCAACAGCCGCGGCUGCAUGUCUCCGCCAGUUCCCUCCGUAAAACCUCAUCUACCGCCCACGAAUGAAGAUUAACAGGUAUGCCAAAGGAAAAAUAUGACCCUCCAGAUCCCCGCAGAUGUUACACGAUCAUGUCGGCCGAAGACGUGGCCAGCGGGAAGAAGUCUCACUGGGCGGAGCUCGAGAUCUCAGGCCGGGUGAGGAGUCUGAGCAGCUCGUUGUGGACCCUGACCCACCUGACCACGCUGCACAUCAACGACAACAACCUGACCCGCAUCCCGCCGGACAUCGCCAAGCUGCCCAACCUGGUCUACCUGAACCUGUCGUCCAAUAAGCUCCGCAGUCUGCCCGCCGAGCUGGGCAACAUGGUCACUCUCAGGGAAUUGCUUUUAAACAACAAUCUUUUGCGAGUUCUGCCUUAUGAACUUGGGAGGCUUUUCCGGCUGCAAACUCUGGGGCUAAAGGGAAACCCUUUGUCCCAGGACAUCCUCAACAUCUACCAGGAACCCGACGGAACCAGGAAGCUUUUGAACUACAUGCUCGACAAUCUAGCAGUUCACCCGGAGCAGCUCCCCCAGAGGCCGUGGAUCACCCUGAAAGAGCGAGACCAAAUGACGCCCACGGCCGUCUUCACGGUCAUGUGUUACAACGUGCUCUGUGACAAAUACGCCACGCGGCAGCUGUACGGCUACUGCCCGUCCUGGGCGCUGAACUGGGAGUACCGCAAGAAAGGCAUCAUGGAGGAGAUCACCAGCUGCGACGCCGACAUCAUCAACCUGCAGGAGGUGGAGACGGAGCAGUACUACACUAUGUUUCUGGAAACACUAAAAGAUCGAGGUUACGACGGCUACUUCUGUCCCAAAUCUCGUGCCAAACUGGUUUCGGAGCAGGAGAGGAAACACGUGGAUGGAUGUGCGAUCUUCUUUAAGACGGAAAAGUUUACGCUGGUGCAGAAACACACGGUGGAGUUCAAUCAGGUGGCCAUGGCCAACUCUGAGGGGUCCGAGGUCAUGCUGAACAGAGUGAUGACCAAAGACAACAUCGGCGUGGCGGUGCUGCUGGAGGUCAAUAAGGAUUUGUUCUCCAGUGGCAUGAAGCCCCCCCAGGAGAGGCAGCUGAUCCUCGUGGCUAACGCUCACAUGCACUGGGACCCGGAGUACUCGGACGUCAAGCUGAUCCAAACCAUGAUGUUCCUGUCGGAGCUGAAGAGCAUCGCCGAGAGCGCCCUGAGCUCGGUGGCCUCGGGCUCGCCCACCUCCGACCCGUCCUCCAUCCCCAUCGUCCUGUGCGCCGACCUCAACUCGCUGCCCGACUCGGGUGUGGUGGAGUACCUGAGCAACGGAGGAGUGGCUGAAACCCACAAGGACUUUAAGGAGCUGCGCUACAACGAAUGUCUGACCAACUUCAGCUGCAACGGGAAGAACGGCAACUCUGACGGGAGCAUCACCCACAGCUUCCAGCUGAAGAGCGCCUACGACAGCAACCUGAUGCCUUACACGAACUACACGUAUGACUUCAAGGUUUUAUUGCUCCUUUUCAUAUUUUUGCACACUGAAUGUUUCUCCCCUUUUUUUUUUAUUUCCUGCCCCUUUUUUGAAAAAGCUGAAAACCAAAUGUUGGGGUGAAAUUGUUUAAUCUCCAAAUUUAUGCUUAUUUUUGCCUUAAUUGUGACGACAAACUAAAAACAGCUGUUUUAGGAGAAAUUUACCACAUCAGUCAACGGUCGAGCUUUUUUUUUCCUUUUCUGCUUCGCACAUUUAUUAAAUAAAUAAUUCUAGAUAUUAUUACUGCACCAUAAAUCACCAUUUAUAAAGUUUAAACUUAACUUAAAACCACAAAUCACACUACAAACAGCCGAAGUUAAAACAAUAUCUAUAUGUGGGGAAAAGAGUUUUUAAGGGUAAAAGUUGUUGUUUUUAAAGGCAGAAUAUGUAAUGGUAAUUAUCAGUUUGAAUAAAGAUGAUGGUUUAUUUGAGGAGGAGGUUUCACAGUAACGUCUGGCUGCAGAUCUUUUCUUUCGGGUUUAAUUUGUCACUUUAUCGUCUGGUCGACCUCAACCUGAACGCUGCCUCACCGAGCCGCUUCGUUCACCUCCUUUAAAUCUAUUUCUGUCUAACUUUACCUCACUGCUUUGUUUUUGUUUUUACUCAAAGACGCGUCUUUGUGAGUUCCCUGCAGCUUUGUGACUCGGCGGAGAAAAGGUCAGGUUAGCGAGUGGCGUCUGCGUUUAGCCAAAUCUGUGGUCAAAUUAGCUCGUUUCAUUUUGGUUUGCGCAGAAAUAAAGAACAUUUCAGGGUAUUUACAGACGAUUAUCAAAGAAAGUCAACAAAAACGUUAGUAUAAUGUGUGUUUUAGGUGUUUGUUUACCAAUGCCAGGGCGGGGAGGACAUGUUUAACAUCGAACUGCCGCACACCUCAGGGCUCUGCAGGACCUCAUUAAAGACUCACGUCUGGAUAAACGGGAAGCUCUUUUCUUUAGAAGCACAAGUAUUUUAUUAUAUUUGUUAAAGUUUCACGUUAUUUGAUUUUUUUU